GCCUAGUGCAGCAGCCUGCAGCAUACAACCGUGUGUAUGUGUGCAUGUCUGUACGUGUGCUGCAUGUAUGUUUGAGUGUAUGUGUUCGUGUAAACUUUUAAAGAAAUUAGAGUAGCAAAAGUGUGUGAAGAGCCGCAGCAACGACGACUCACGCAAGAUACAAAUACAUAACCCAGAGUAACACGAGCCGUUACGGAACGAAGUAGUGCAGUUCUUAGAAAGAAAAUUAAACGCAACUCCCACCCUCACCCCCAUUUUCUACACAUCACCCACCCCGCCCCAAAGGGGGAGUAGUAAUUUUGCGUAGAAAGCCACGGAAGAAAAAGACAGCAACGACCGAGGAACGAAGAGUAGUGGGUCCACAAAAAGGCGGAAAAAACCCCAAAUACAAGUGAAUCAAGAAGCGCGUGACGUGUGUGAAUUUGUGUGAAUCGUGUACGUGUGCGAGCGUGUGUUUGCGUGAGCAUAAAGCAAGAGCUUCGUGCUUAGAAGCAUAGGGAAGCAAGCAUUACAGGCAGCAUACGUCGCUCACGGCGGCACGGCACACAACACAACAGACAGGCAGACCGAAGGGCAGCCAGUCAGGCGGUCAGGCAGGCAGUCAGGGAAGCAGACGAACAGGGCUAGAGGGCGGGCAGCCGAAGAGGUGGAAGCAGGGCUAGAAGAUGGGGGCGAAAGGUAGCGUAGAGGCUGCAAAGAUGAACGCCGAUGGCUGGGGCCACUUCGAGCGUGGCAGCCGUCACUACAGCCACAGACAUAAUCAACGAUCCCAGUCGUUGAACCGUGGCCAAGCUCUUUCACGAGCCGAUGUCAGUGGGAUGUGGUGA